GGGAUGGAAAAUAAGAAUCUGAUUUCUCUUAUUAUUUUCUUCAGCAAUUGUAUUGGUUAAUGAUGUCACCUGAUAUCAAAGAAUAAUCUGUUUAUUUCAAUGGUGUUUAUUUAUGUAUGUAUUUUUAUAUGUUACAGGAAUCAUGGUAGUAUUGUGUACCAUGAAGUGAUUGUGUGCCGUGGUAUGGAGCGUCGAGAUCCAUACAGCACCAUGUCACAGCCCUCGGCAGACAAAGGCAGAGAUCCUUAUCGCUCGACAUAUGCUGAACAUCAGGAUAUGAUGUUGAGUGAGGAUGAAGAGGAAAGUGCAACUCUAGCUGAGCCUAUGACGCUAGAGGGUGCAAAGCAGCUUGCACAGACAUCUGUGGUAGGGCCAGUAUCUACCCCAACGCCACCAGUUGCCUCUCUGGCAUCUAUAUCUCCUCCUCCACAUCCUCUCGUUGCUGCGCCUCUGACGUCACCUCAUCACUCAUCUCACCACCACCACCAUCACCAUCACUUGACAUCUCCUCCUCCUCCACCACCCCCACCUCCAAGCCAUCACCACCACCAUCUAACCUCACCCCACCAUCACCACCUUACUUCUCCGCCUCCGCCUCAUCAUCACUCCCAUCUCACACCCCCUCUCCCUCACCACCAUCACCACAUAUGGGGAGCUUCAUCAGUUGCCCAUGAGGAGGAAGAGGAGGAAGAGGAACCUCAAGACUUGCCAUCAACAGUGGAUAUCCAAGCCAUCAGACUGUGCAGGCAAGGUAUGGAUGUCAGUCAUGAGAGUUAUAUCGGUAAUUCUGCGGGUAUGGUAGAUGGUAGGGGUCAUGGAAGAAAGCUCUCCUCAGUAAUGCAGGAGUAUAAGUGGGAAGAAGUGAUGAGUAGCUGA